GCUCGAGGAAGCAGCAGGCCCUAGAGGGAGGCUGCACGCUCCCACCGUGUCCUUCGCAAGUGUGGUCUUGCAAAUGCGGUGGCUUGGUCCUCUCGGGUGGCCCUUGGGAUACCCCCACAUGGGGGAUGGAUCUCCCCGGCACCAAGCUGAGAUUCUUUUUCUCCUCCCGGGAAGCAGACGGCGUUCAUAGGAGGAGAGAAUUAUCUAUCGUCCACAGGCCAAGAACACUGAGAUCUGUGUGCCCCUUCCCAGAUACGGGCUACGGAUCUGGGUCAAGGGAGGGCUGGUGGCGAGCAAACGUGAGGAGGGCAGUCUUUCAUUGGGAAAGCGUGCCUCCUCAUCUUCCGUGUUUCAAUAAAAGAAUAGAGAAGACACUGCCCCCUCAGCAUCCCAGAUGAGGCAGGAGACCUGUGAUUGGAUGUCACGAUGGGCCCACAGUCGCCACCUCUCCCCUCAACCAGGACAGCCAUAAAAGCAGAGGCCUCUGCCCACCUCGGGUCAGAGAGGCGCCCUGUGUCACCACCCCCAGGAGUGAGCCGCACCGGCCAGCUCUGUGCCCGAGACCACCGGCAGAGGCUGGAGAAUCCCGUCUUCCAAGUAGUCAGGAGGCUGAGGGAUCCCGAAGAUAUCAGCCCCCAGAAGCAAAGCAUCUGGCGCAGGAGCUGGUUCCCCCCUCCCGCCUCAUUACGGACUCACCCAGCGAUUGGCUGUGAUUGUUGACACCUUGAAGGAGCCACAGAAUUUACCCACGGUUGUACCAGUGCCAGGUAGACAAGCCACAGGAGAUCCUAGCCUCCUGCUUCUCAAUCUGUUUCCUGUUCCGCUCAAGAUCUUGAUCUUGGAUUUCCAUGAGCUUUGAUUAAACGAUGACUGUACUGUGUCUUAGAAAUUCUUCUGAUGCCUACCUAACUCUGUGCUUGGAAUCUUCCAGAGGAGAAUGGGCAAGUCUUCUGGGUUCCCUUGUGCCUUCCCAGGGAAGGUGCUCCUGUGGCCAGAAGGGAGGAGGAAAGUGAAAAUCCUUUAAGAAGCAGGGAAAGGACAUUCUUGGGACUUCAGAGCUAGUGCAGGGCUCCCUCUAGGUGACACUUGUAACCACAAGCACUCAGAUGACAUGUCACACGUUAGGGUUGGUUUCCUCUGCUCAUGUAGCCAUUCUGUGCAAGUUGCACACUUGUCACGGGAGAUGUGUGUGUGUUGUGUGUGUGUGUGUGUGUGUAUGCAUAAUUAGAGUCUGAACUCGCGGUGGAUCAGGGCACAGGGGUCCUUGUAAGCUUGCUAAGUCCCCACUCUGUGCCCAACCCCGAGCUGGGACCACUAGGGGCUGCAGAGGAAGGAAGGUCACAGCCUGAGGACACGUUUCCAAGAGUGAGAAACAUUCAGGGACUCUGAAGUCACCAUGCCAACUUAGGAGGUCUGGUUCUUGAGCUGGGAGCUACUAGAAGGGGAGCUCCCUGGGGCAGCCUCACUGUGGGUGCCCCCAGGGCUGGAGGAGGAUGCUGGCCCUGGCUCCGCCCCACUGGGUGCUCACCCUGACCACAAAGAAACCAGAGGAAUUAUUGGACCCAGAGGAAGGAAACCAGGCCUUGUGGUCUUGGGGUGUGAUGGAGGGGGGUGGGGCGCAGGCUCACGGCCCUGUAGGGGAGCGGGGGUCCUGGCACUGGAAAUGCUUGUGGCAUCUGGGACACAGGUGGGAUGGGUAGGAGGGUGCGUGGGUCCUGGGGGGGUCUCAGCUUACUAUCGUCCAUGGAGGCUUUAUUCCCUUGGUGUCCUUCAUUUUCUGACAGCUCUAGGAGCAGAGCCUAAAGGUACUAAACCAGGAAGCAGCAGGGACAAGGAAAAGCAGAAGUGGGAGGCUUGAAGACUUGACCCUCCUCCUCGAAGAGGCCUGAAGGCAGUGCUGCAGGUGACGUCUGUGCCAGAGAGAUGACCCAGCAGGCCCGGGUCCCGUGGCUGUCCUGGGCUCUGCUGCUUCUCUGGGUCCCAGGUUGUUGGUCUCUGAGUGGCCCCACCUCCGUGACGGGCACCAUGGGGGGAUCCGUGAGCGUGCAGUGUCAGUAUGAGGAGGAAUUCACAGAGAAUGCCAAGUACUGGUGCAAAAAAAGUCUGUGUGUGUGGAAGAUCAUAAAAACCAAAAGGACAGACAGAGAAGUGAGGAAGGGCCGUGUGUCCAUCAGGGACCAUCCUGCAAACCUCACCUUCACAGUGACCUUGGAGAGUCUCACAGAGGAUGAUGCCGGGAUGUACCUGUGCGGGAUCGAUUCAUCACUGUUCCCAGGAUAUUUGUUCGACGACACCUUCCAAGUUGUGCUGUCUGUGACCCCAGCAACAACGCCUGCCUCACCUGUCAGCACCACUGUAACCCAAAUGUCAACAACCACAGCUAAAAUUACGACCUCGCCGUCCCCGCCCUCCUCCGCUGCCCCGACCGCCACCAAGGGAGCCACUUGCAGUGCAAGCAGCCAGGAGGAGUUCCCGCCGAGCCAGGGCCCGGGGCUCCAAGUUCUCCUCUCCUUGUUGGCACUUCUGCUGCUUCUGCUGGGGGGCAGCUCGCUGCUGGCCUGGAGGAUGGUUUGCAGACGGGUCAAAUCUGGCGAGAAUCCAAAGCAACCACAGUUCCCCGGUCAGCAAGAGGAGCCCCACUAUGAGAAUCUGGAGCUGCAGACGUGGCCCCUUCGGGAAGAGCCCAUGCACCCGAGGCAGCCAGAGGUGGAAUACAGCACAGUGAAGACUCCCAGGGAAGAACCUCACUACUCGACCGUGGUAUUUGACUUCCAGAGUGGGGGUUCUGAGGCCAACAGCAUUCGCUCCCAGAGGACCCUGGAUGAGGAGACACAGUACAGUGUGAUUAAGAAGACAUAAUCCUGUGUCACCAGCCCCAUCAUCUGGAGGUCUCUGUGGGCCACAGAAUGCCAGGGUCAGGGCCCUCAGCCCUCACUGAUGUCCUCCUCAGGCUGCUCUCCUCGACGGUCACCAAUAAGGCAGCUGGGUGCCAUCAGCGUGGUUGGCUUUGUUGAGGAUAAGUGGGAGUGGGAUUCCAGUGGGGACGCUACAUCCCACAGG